AUGUGGCAAGAUCUGAUUCUUAUUGUUUGUUUUAUCAUGAGCUCAAGCUAUCUGCGUUCCAUUCCAGAUGUUUUUGUUUUCGAGGAUCUCAGAGACAUUAACAACAUAAAAUUACUUGACCCGAAUUCCGAAUCAAGCAACUUACUAAACCUGUUUUCUUUCGGAACCUACGGUGACCACAAGAGUCCCUCUCUUCCUCCCCUCUCCGUGGCCCAACUUCGUAAACUUCGUCAGCUUACCAUUAUUUCCGCCUGCGAAUAUCGACACCACAUACCUUAUGAUGUUCUGCUCAAAAGUUUGGAGCUCACUUCCCUUAGAGAAUUGGAAGAUCUCAUUAUCGACCUCAUCUACGCUGAUGCGAUCGUAGGGAAAUUGGAUCAACAAAAAAGAAUGCUCGUUGUCGAAUCAGUUAUAGCACGCGACUUCAAACAGGACGACUUCUGCAUUGAAUUGAACCACACUUCCUUUCCUCAUCCACAGUUGCCUAAAUUAAAAACGGAUUUGAGUUCGUGGAGCGAUCGAGUCAACUCGUCUCUUGAGAAGUUGGCCAGCAAUGUUACUAGGGCCACAACGUUGAGGUCUGAAUGGGUCGAGAAUAGGGCUCGAACAUCAAAUAAUCAAAACAACAUCAAUUCAAAGAUGCAACAAGAGGAUAAUAGAAUGGAUGUUGACUCCAAUAUGGACGUUGAUGAUCAGUUGGAAAUAUACCUAGACGACAACGGUGAACCCCUACUUCUGCCUCGUCCUUCUACUUCCACAUCCUUAGGUGGAGAGAAGAGUCGCCGAAAUCCUUUGCGUGUUCUCCAAAAGGGACGUAAAGGUGAACGCGAAAAAAUUACAUGUGCCUGUUGCUUAACACCGUCUCCUCCACGCGUUGGGGCUACGACGGAGAGGUCCAAAUUCACCCGAAGUCUAUCACCAAUUUGUCCGGUUCCAAUGCUUCCUGCCUCUGCUACCAGUCAACUUAAUCUUUCAUCAACUAUUUCCUUUCCAGUUCAAUCUGUGGAGACUCAGACCUCGUUAUCCCCCCCUGAACGUGGUCGUAAAAGAAGGGGAUCCAGUGGACAGUUGAUGACUUCAAUUAAGAGGAAGUUCAGUAAUCUCCGCAGAUCUUUAAGUUCGGAUCGUCUACUCACACGAGUCAAAGCUGAGCCGGUAGCGACACAUCCAGAAAGCACUUGGAAUUUUCCGAUGGAUGAAAACGCUCCAGUUAAGGUAAAUUUUAUUGAGAAAUGUGAUAGUGGUGCUUACCUCAUUCAAUUUCAACGGAAUACUACGACACAGCCCUUUGGUUUAUUCUUCCAUCUGGAUGCCAAUGGAUUUUACAUCAGUCGACUGGCCAAUGAGCAGCACAUACGAGCAUGUCAGAACUAUCUUCAUGUGAAUGAUAGGGUGCUUGCCAUCCAGGGCGUUCCUUCCAAGUUUCUUAGCACUGAAGGAAUUCGCGGUCUUCUGCAUGGCUGUCAUUUGGUCACAAUUAAAGUGCUCCCUGUUAGCACAUCUAAAUGA